CAGGCGGAGACAGACCCUCCUGCACCCUUGAGUUGAAAACAAUGCUCUCUUCCUGCCGUCGCCCGGGUCUGGCAAAGGGAGGCAGCCAGCCAGUGCACCGCAUCUGCAGAACAAAUCGGAGUCUUGAACUCUGAAGCCUUUUCUUUUGCCUGUUCAUAUUUAAGCUUGCCCCUCUUAGACCCCUCCUCCCUCCAGACCGCCAGUGACCGGGGAGCAGCCGGCGGAGCAGCCCACACGUGUAUUUAACCCGUUCCUCUCUGCCCGGCAGUCAAGCACCCCUUUGGUUGCAGUCUUUUGAGCCCCGGGACCAGGAACUUGAGAAAUGAGCCCCUAGAACUCGGCCGGCAGAGAGACUGAAGGGAGAGGCGGGGGAGGGACGCGGGGGGGGGCAAGUGCGGGAAGUGGGGGAGGGCAGGGGCGGGCCAGAGGACCGCGAGAAAACCAGAACCCCACAGAGCACGCCCAAGCCAAACCUCCAAAGUGCUGUGUGGCAGGGUGAGGGGGAAACUCGGCCGCCCGCUCGGAUCCGGAGGAAAAAGGAGAUAUUUUGGCAGGAGGGGAACCUUUGAAGGAGGACUCAGCCCUUCUGUGGGACCGUUGGAGGUGACGUCCUUGGGCCUCUGUGGGUGCUGCAGGCCAUUUUCGAUGUGGCAGCCCCCGUCAGCCAGGAUAAUGAUGAGGCAGAUCUUACAGGUGAACAAGGUGAUGUCCAUCUUGUUUUAUGUGAUAUUUCUCGCUUAUCUCCGUGGCAUCCAAGGUAACAACAUGGAUCAAAGGAGUUUGCCAGAAGACUCGCUCAAUUCCCUCAUUAUAAAACUGAUCCAGGCGGAUAUUUUGAAAAACAAGCUCUCCAAGCAAAUGGUGGAUGUUAAGGAAAAUUACCAGAGCACCCUGCCCAAAGCGGAAGCCCCCCGAGAACCGGAGCAGGCAGAAUCCACCAGGUCGGAAUUCCAGCCCAUGAUCGCAACGGACACAGAACUACUACGGCAACAGAGACGCUACAAUUCGCCCCGGGUCCUGCUCAGUGACAGCACCCCUUUGGAGCCCCCUCCCUUGUAUCUCAUGGAGGAUUAUGUGGGCAACCCGGUGGCAGCCAACAGAACGUCCUCACGGCGGAAACGGUAUGCAGAGCAUAAGAGUCACCGAGGGGAGUACUCGGUGUGUGACAGUGAGAGUCUGUGGGUGACCGACAAGUCCUCAGCCAUUGACAUUCGGGGACACCAGGUCACAGUGCUGGGGGAGAUCAAGACCGGCAACUCCCCCGUCAAACAAUAUUUUUAUGAAACGAGAUGUAAAGAAGCCAGGCCAGUUAAAAACGGUUGCAGGGGAAUUGAUGACAAACACUGGAACUCUCAGUGCAAAACGUCCCAGACCUAUGUCCGAGCACUGACCUCAGAAAACAACAAACUCGUAGGCUGGCGCUGGAUACGAAUAGACACUUCCUGUGUGUGUGCCUUGUCGAGAAAAAUUGGAAGAACAUGAAUUGGCAUCUGUCCCCACAUAUAAAUUAUUACUUUAAAUUAUAUGAUAUGCAUGUAGCAUAUAAAUGUUUAUAUUGUUUUUAUAUAUUAUAAGUUGACCUUUAUUUAUUAAACUUCGGCAACCCUUACAGUAUAUAAGCUUUUUUCUCAAUAAAAUUCGUGUGCUUGCCUUCCCUCAGGCCUCUCCCAUCUGUUAGCCUUGUUCUGUGACCGGGCUCUUGGGAAUCCUUCUGUAAAAACCUGUGUACACCAGUAUUUUGCCUUCAGUAUUGUCAAGGCCAUGACUGUGGUUUUAGUAAACUUCUUCAAAUCA